UUAAUCUAAAAUUGAUUGAAAAAAAAUGGAAUAAAAUUAAUUUGGCGACAGCCCACAGUUUUAAUGUGCUUCCUCGGAAACUCGUUUUCCUUCUCCAUUCAAAUUGAAAAACGAAUCAUAAUCCAGAUUCAUUAAGAAUAUAACCGAUGGGUUUACCAAAAUUUACGUGUCCGAAGGGAGGAGACAGUGAAUCGAGCCCUCACCUUUACGUGGCUAACUGUGGACCAGCAGUUGGACUUUCGUACGAAACUAUUGCAACCGUAUUUGGUGCAUAUGGUGAACUCAAUGGAGUCUAUGCUGCUGACGAAAGUGGGACCCGCGUUAUAGUCUCGUAUCACGAUGAAAGUAGCUCACAAGCUGCAAUGAAGGCACUGAAUGGCCAUAAAUGUUCGAGUCUUGGGGGUCGUUUUUUGCACAUUCAGUAUUCUGUACAGUCACUCGGUAAGGUCAACUUUGAUGCUUCGGUUCCAGUUUCGACAUCGGCUUCGGACUUGGAAAUUCCCGGACUUUACUUAAUGCACGACUUUGUCACUGCCGAGGAAGAGCAAGAAUUGCUUGCGGCGGUGGAUAAUAGGCCGUGGCAUAAUCUUGCCAAAAGACGAGUUCAACAUUACGGAUACGCAUUUUGUUACAAUAUAAGAAAUGUCGAUACAAACCAAUACUUGGGCGAACUUCCAUCCUUUAUAUCUCCAGUACUACAAAGAAUCAAAUCAUCUCAAACACUCGAUCAUGCAGCAGAUAUAUCUCUCGAUCAAAUAACGGUGAACGAGUAUCCACCUGGCGUGGGAUUGUCGCCGCAUAUAGACACACAUUCAGCAUUCGAAGGAUUGAUUUUCAGCCUAUCAUUAGCGGGCCCGUGCAUAAUGGAAUUCAGAAAGUAUACAACAAAUGUUUGGCAAGAAAAAACAAACUCGAAUUCCGAUUUAGACAAUCAAAACUCGGAAAAGAGUUCGAAUUUCAUAAGGAAAGCUCUUUAUCUCCCCCCUCGAUCGAUGCUGUUAUUGUCUGGAGAGGCACGUUAUGCAUGGCAUCAUUACAUUCCACACCACAAGGUGGAUAAAGUGGAGGACAGUUUGAUUCGUAGGGGUUCGAGGAGGGUGUCAUUUACAUUACGCAAGGUGUUGAAAGGGGCUUGCCAAUGUGAAUUCCCUCAGUACUGUGAUUCUCAAAGAUAUGUUAAGUAAGCUUAUUGAUUUUUUUUUUCAAUUUCAUAAUUAUAAAUACAUUCAUUGAAAUUGUUCAGAUCUUCAUUUUAUUAAAAAUGGGGGAUUUAAGAUUUUUGCUAGACUAGAGAAAUGUUAACAAAAACCUCGUUUGAGAA